AUGUUCUGCGCGCGCGGAGGAGGGUCUGGACAGUAGCUGUUGGAUUGAAAAAGGAUACCGAAGGUUGUUUGACUUCAGUCAGCCGACGGCAGUAGACCUAACAGCAUCAUAACUUUAUUCCACUUGGUUUAGCAUUCGGAAACGCCUUACACAGAAAAAUGGCAGAUGAAGAGAUUGCCGCCCUCGUCGUUGACAAUGGCUCCGGUAUGUGCAAAGCCGGUUUUGCUGGGGAUGAUGCUCCUCGUGCAGUGUUCCCCUCAAUCGUGGGACGCCCCAGACAUCAGGGUGUGAUGGUGGGUAUGGGCCAGAAGGACAGCUAUGUGGGUGAUGAGGCCCAGAGCAAGAGGGGUAUCCUGACCCUGAAGUACCCCAUCGAGCACGGGAUUGUUACUAACUGGGAUGACAUGGAGAAGAUCUGGCAUCACACCUUCUACAACGAGCUUCGUGUGGCCCCUGAAGAACACCCAGUUCUGCUCACAGAGGCCCCACUGAACCCCAAAGCCAACAGAGAGAAGAUGACCCAGAUCAUGUUUGAAACCUUCAACACCCCAGCUAUGUACGUUGCCAUCCAGGCCGUGCUAUCCCUGUACGCCUCCGGUAGAACCACUGGUAUCGUCAUGGAUUCCGGUGAUGGUGUCACCCACACAGUCCCCAUCUACGAGGGGUAUGCCCUGCCCCAUGCCAUCCUCCGUCUGGAUCUGGCUGGCCGUGACCUCACUGACUACCUCAUGAAGAUCCUGACCGAGCGCGGCUACAGCUUCACCACCACGGCUGAGAGGGAAAUCGUGCGUGACAUCAAGGAGAAGCUCUGCUACGUGGCGCUUGACUUCGAGCAGGAGAUGGCCACCGCUGCCUCCUCUUCCUCCCUGGAGAAGAGCUAUGAGCUGCCCGACGGUCAGGUCAUCACCAUCGGCAACGAGAGGUUCCGCUGUCCCGAGGCACUCUUCCAGCCUUCUUUCCUGGGUAUGGAAUCUUGUGGUAUCCACGAAACGACCUUCAACUCCAUCAUGAAGUGUGAUGUGGACAUCCGUAAGGACCUGUAUGCCAACACAGUACUGUCUGGAGGUACCACCAUGUACCCUGGCAUUGCUGACCGAAUGCAGAAAGAAAUCACAGCCCUGGCCCCCAGCACCAUGAAAAUCAAGAUCAUUGCCCCACCUGAGCGUAAAUACUCUGUGUGGAUUGGUGGCUCUAUCCUGGCUUCUCUGUCCACCUUCCAGCAGAUGUGGAUCAGCAAGCAGGAAUAUGAUGAGUCCGGCCCCUCCAUCGUCCACCGUAAAUGCUUCUAAGUGGACUGCAGUCAGAUGCUAGCAUUUGCUGCAUGACUUUCAGAAAUGCUCAAACAGAAAGAAUUUGCCUAGGCAAAUUCACACUUAUGCUGGCCUCAUGAAACUGGAAGAAAAACAGCCUGUACGAACCAUCCUUUUCAGAAAGCUAGCAUGAGAAGUGUUAAAGGUGAAUUUCAAAAUAAAAGCACUGUCGAAUUGUCA